AAACCAAACGCCCACAUACAACCAAAACGGCGUUUCCAAGGAAAUCUGCAAAAAGAAAAUCAAAGAAAUUCAGGACUCUCUCCCCUUGCCUCUGCCCUUCCAAAUCCCUAAUCCAGCCAUCCGCAAGGUUCUUCCCAGAAAUCACUGCCGCCUGCUGACACCCGCCGCCGCCAGUGCCCGGUCAGCGGUCACUAGUCGCCAACCUCACUGCCGAUUCUCAGUUCCUCACCACUCACCAUCCUAGUCACACCAUCUAUCGCCACUCACUCACUCACUAGCCACCACUGCUCCACCCCCUUCAAAAAGUGCUGCAGCAUUUCAUCACUGCCGACGCCUCGAGAUCCCGGCGCCGCUGCUGCUGCCUGCUUUAGCUCACCGCUGCUCACUUCCGAUUUCGAAAUUUUCACUUUGGCCGUGUAACUAUGAAUUACAGUUUGUGUCAGCUCCGCGACCCAGUUGGUGUCUUCGUUUUCGGGCGUCCUUGUUUGUAUCAAUUUGACGAAACAACUGGGAAAAGAUGAGAGCUUUCUCCCCUUUCUGAACCCAAAACCUGCAACUUUGUUUGCUUUGUUACUCUUGCUUUGCUUUUGCUUUGAAUUCGUAUCAGUAGGACAUUAAUUUUGGUAUUGGUCUUGGGUUUGCGGAGAAAGGGGGAAGUUUUGGUCUUUUGAUGGCAGGGUGGUCGAUGUUGGCAAAUGGACCUUGUUUAGGGGGUGUUGAUGUUAAUCAUAAGCAGAAGAUGGUUGUAAAACAUGCUGUGAAUGACAUUGUUGUUGUUGGCAAUAACCCUAAUGACGAUGAUGUUAAACUGAGGAAACUGUUUGAUGAGGCUCUUUCAGUUUUCCAUGAUUUGGGUUAUAAUAAUGGGAAGUGCAUCAAGCCGAUUCAAGUGUUGCUUGACGACGUGCAAUCCGUUGACUUGUUCAAACUUUUUUGUGUGGUGGGAAAGAGGGGAGGGUUUGAUUUGGUGAAUGGAUGGUGGCACUUUGUGAUGGGAGAAUUAAGGAUGGAUCCCAAGUAUUCUGGCUGCAUUAAAUUGGUUUAUUACAAGUACUUGUAUAACUUGGAAAGGCGGCUGACUAAGAGCUAUAGUUACUGUGAGCAAGGUAGUGAUUCGGACGAUUUCUCUCUUGUUUUGGAAGCAAAGUUUAGGAGCUUCUUAUCAUACCAGAAUGGUAAAAAGGGUAAGAAGGAUGGUAGAGUUGUCUCAUUGGAACACAAGAAAAGUGGCAAGAGUAUUAGUAAAGAUGGGUAUCAAAGUAGAUGCAAUGAUGAUGACGAAAAUGUUAGUGGAAAAUACAAUGUUGGCGGCGAUGAUUCACUUGAUCGUGGAACCUCACAUGCUUAUUACCUUGCUCAGAAAGAAUCACGCAAGAGAAAACGAGUGUCAGUAUCUGAAAUGCUUAGUUGGAUGGUCCGGGUUGCUGCAUGUCCUGAAGCAGUCAUCUCCAAGUCAAACCAUACUAUGAAAGACAAUGACUUGAAGGCCAUGGCCAUCAGUGUUCGAGAUUUUCUGUUGAAGAGAAGGCCGCUUGAUUCGAAUGAUUUUCAGAGUUGUUCAAAGAACCAGCAAAACUUGCAUCCAUCCAUGUAUGACGAUAUGAAGGUUGACCAGGCCGUGGAGAAUUCGAGAUGCAGAGAACGACAGAUGGCAUCAGGCAAGUGUCAUUCUUCGUGUUCAUGCUGUAUUCACGGUGGGAGUGCUGAUGAUGACAAGCCUAAAACUAACUAUGCUGAUUCUUUGCCCAUUACAAAAGUGACCGUUCCGUUAAAGGAUAAGCAUGUUCCAGUCCGUGUAGGUUCUCGGUUUCAGGCUAAAGUUCCUAAAUGGACCGGGGAGGUAUACGAGAGUGACAGUAAGUGGCUAGGCACUAAGCUAUGGCCUCUGGAAGAGGUAGACUCUAUCAGUAAGGUUCAAAUGAAUACGGUUGGUAAGGGAAGGCCUGAUUCCUGCAGCUGCCUGGUUCCAGGCUCGGUUGUAUGUGUUCGUUUUCAUACUGCCGAGAGAAGGAUGAAACUGAAGCGGGAAUUAGGCCCGGCAUUCUUCCACAGUGGAUUCCACCACAUGGGGGAAGAAGUGUCUCUCAGUUGGACUGCCGAAGAAGAAAAGAGAUUCAAGGAUAUGGUGAGACAUAACCCUCCGUCUCAGGAGAGGUGCUUUUGGGAUUAUGCUCAUAGGUAUUUCCCUGGGAAGACAAAGCGAGAGUUGGUCAGCUAUUACUUCAACGUCUUCCAACUUCAGCGGAGGAGUUACCAGAACCGUGUGAUCCCAAAAGAGAUUGAUAGUGAUGAUGACGAGAAACAGUUUGGAUCUUUCACUGAUGGUUUUGGCUACCAUGCAAUCAAGGUUCAUGGUACAGAUACAGAGAUAUGUUCAGUGAAUCACCAGUGUAAUGAGUACCCUUAGACGUAAAGAUCAGUUCAGCAACACAGCACAGAGUAGCUAGAAACUUGGAAACACAGCUUUUGUUCAGAACAUUCUUCUUCCUUUGGAGUUCAUGACAGCUUGCAAAACUUUGACAUGGUUUACUUUUAGGGCAUCCUGACGAGAAAUGAAACUGAGAGGGGUAGUACUUCUGUUGCAAUCUUCUUGCUUGAUCAAACUGUGGUUCGACUGUGCAAACGAAGUUGCACAAUUUUGGCAGAUUCGGAUAGUAGCAUCUGGUAAAUUCUCGUUUGUUUUCGGAGGAGACUAGGAUGAAGAGGAAUGUUCAGGAAGUUAUUUUUCCUCCUUACAGGGCAACUUCUUUUUGUCUCCAAUGGUCUACAUAGAUAGUUUUUUCUUCUUCUUACUGUUGUUUCCCCUCAAAUGUGGAUUCUCAUGUAAAGUCCUGCUGUAGGAAACCCGCUGUAUCCAUUGCUAGUGCAAAAGGAAGAGGAUCAUUAUACGGAAAAGAGUUCGUUUUUUCGUUACAUUUCUUUAUGUUUCCUUCUUUUAUUUGUCUGCCAUUUCCUUUCCUCUACUGGUUUUCUAGAUGACCUGUGGAUGCCUCGUCCUAACCAGAUGUUAGGCAAAAUACACUUGUAUAGGUACAACUUUCGCGUUUCGAACAUAGUUAAAGUUUGUAAAAAAAAUUGUUAAAUUUGUU